AUGCUGAAGCCGAGCGUCACUUCGGCUCCCACGGCAGACAUGGCGACAUUGACAGUGGUCCAGCCGCUCACUCUGGACAGAGAUGUUGCAAGAGCAAUUGAAUUAUUGGAAAAACUACAGGAAUCUGGAGAAGUACCCGUGCACAAGCUACAAUCCCUCAAAAAAGUGCUUCAGAGUGAGUUUUGUACAGCUAUUCGAGAGGUGUAUCAGUACAUGCACGAAACCAUAACUGUUAAUGGCUGCCCUGAGUUCCGUGCGAGGGCCACUGCAAAGGCAACAGUUGCAGCUUUUGCAGCUAGCGAAGGCCACUCGCACCCUCGGGUAGUCGAACUGCCAAAGACUGAUGAAGGCCUUGGUUUUAACGUGAUGGGAGGAAAGGAGCAAAACUCCCCGAUUUAUAUCUCCCGCAUCAUUCCUGGAGGGGUGGCGGAAAGACACGGAGGCCUCAAAAGAGGAGACCAGCUGCUCUCGGUGAACGGAGUGAGCGUGGAAGGGGAACAUCACGAGAAAGCUGUGGAACUGCUCAAAGCCGCUAAGGACAGCGUCAAGCUCGUGGUCCGAUACACCCCAAAGGUCCUGGAGGAAAUGGAGGCCCGCUUUGAGAAACUGCGGACGGCGCGGCGUCGGCAGCAGCAGCAGCUGCUCAUCCAGCAGCAGCAACAGCAGCAGCAGCAGCAAACGCAGCAGAACCAUAUGUCAUAGGCCCUUGAGGAAAAGCUCCUUGCUCAAACACCUGAUAGUCACAAAUUUGAAACCGUGCUUCAGAAUCCCAGCACAUAGUGAAAGGAAAAGACCACACCAAUAAUUAUACCUGUCAAGAAACUGUGAACACAUGGUGUAUAAAUUCUUUCCCAAGGCCACUUGACACCGUCUUUCUCUGGGCUUGAACUCCCACUGUUCAUGUGCUCUUUACAACACGUAGACCUUCUAUUCACUGCAGUGGGAUUCUCAGUGUGUAGAGACAGAGACAGAGAGAGAGAGAGAGUUUCCAGUCCGCAGACUGAAGCAGUACAAGAAGAAUAAAGUCUGUGACUUUUUAACAAAUCACCAGAGCCAGGAUUAAGUGAAUCUUUGGUCUAUAGCUUUUCCAGAGAUUAGCAAACCCCUCAUUAGGCUACAGUUCAAACUGCAUCAGUUCAAGGUUGUCGGCACUUAAACCUUCACAUUGCCCCUUAGCCUGCCUGUUCCACAGUCCAUGUUGCUGGGUUGUCUGCAUUGGAGUUCCAGUUAAUUGCAAAUUCCAACCUCUAUUCUCCUCUUGAAAAUGCCAAGUUAUUAAUGCAUAUUUGUAACUUCUUCAGGACCUAGAGGUUCUGUUUUUCUUUUUCCAUGAAUUUCAUUAUGCACUAGUGGAGUAGAAUGAUUUGUUAGAAGCAAAGGUAGGAACUCUCAUACCAUAUUUUUUCAAGUUUCAUUCUAAGUUUUACUUGUAUCUAUUAUUACUGUUGUUUCUAACAGAAUAUAAUGUAUAUUUAUUCCUCAAAAUAUAUAUCAGAGUUCCUCUGUUACAACAUAGGUUCUUUCUUACCAAAUGUAAGGCAUCUGGUAAGAAAAUGCUAGCAAAGGACUUGGCUUCAUGAACUGAUUCUCAUAUCCCUGAUCUCAAUUUUUUUUUUUUGUUUUAUACUGUUUGAGUGACAAACUCUGGAGGAAUCUAAACUCUUUGUACAUGCAAUUGCUAUGCUGUCAUAGAGGUCUAUUUAUUUGAUAUUUUAAGUAUAGGACUUUAUAAAACUGAAUUACAACAUAUGUGUGUAUGUAUACAAAAAAAUAUAUGUCACACAAAGAUUAGGUCAGUCUCCCCAAAUAUAGAAAUUAGAAUUUUUGGCACUCUAAGAUUAAAAAUAUUAUUCCUCUAAGAUUAGACUUCUGGAAACCAUUGAUAUCUAUUUUGAAUGACAAAUGCUGCUUCCUGUAGAGGGAUAGGGUACCUAUAUCAUCGUUGCACAGAUUCCUGUAAGUAAAUGCAAAGUGAGAUGCCAGCUUUGGAAAAGUAUUAUUCACUGGAAAGAUCUCGUAGAGCCACUCAUGCAGGUUGUAAUUUUUGACUUAUGGUAAAUGCAGGCAUUUAAGUCUGGUUUUACUUUAUGGAAUGAAUAGGAAGCAAUAAUUAUUUGAGUACUUCAGUAUCUGAAGAAAGAAUAAUCAUUCAGUUAACACACUCUAGAUGGUUCAUUAAAAGUGAAGCAAAUGUCUCAAUAUGCCCUUUUCUCAACUGCAGAAUUGAGUCCCUAAGAUACAAUAAGUGACAUUUCCAUUAUUAAUAUCCCCCAAAUAGAAGCUUAUGAAACAGUUCCAUUUAGAGACUGCCCUCUUGAAAGUAAAAUAGAACCAAUGAGAAUCACCCAGUACAUUUCACUCUGCCCUGUUCAAGUGGUAUUAUUGUCAAUACCAAGUUUCCCUGUUCUUCAUACAGUGAAUCAUGUAUCAGAAGACAAACAGCAUGAAAAGUGGGAGGUACGCCAGUUUCAACAAUACCCUGCUAUGGCAACGGAUUCCCAUCCUGAAAAACAGAUCCUUUUCUACUGGAGAGAAGUGGGGAGGGGGGGAGACAGUGAGGACCCUGAAUGUUAUGUAAAAUAGGUUUACAAAAGAGACAAGCAUGACACAAGAGGAUGAAUGGAGACUACCUGAGUACUAUUCAGUUUGAAAGAGAUAGUUCUCAUUUUUAUAAGAAAACUUUAAUAAGACAUAUAUUUUAGUUAUCAUUCAACAAAGAAAUAUUAAAGCCAUCCAGGCAAUGCCACAAGAUUCUCAUAAAAGGAAAUCAUUGCACCCUUUUUGUGAGAAAAUGGUCAUUUCAAUGCAUUUCAAUACAUUGUAUAAAUUUGGAGCUUAAGGUGGAUGUGUUUUAAUUUAGUCUGUUAAGUGUUCAGAGAGCAUUGAAGUCAUUCAUACAAAUAUUGUCAUGGUGUCACAGAAGUAGCUCUCAAAUGCACAGAUACCUAACAUGUUUUCUGUUAAGUUUUUGUAUUUUAUGUUUUAUUUGCAUAAUGUUAAGUGCUGAUAAUUGUAUGCUAGGUUAUUUGUCAAAGUGAAGGAGCAAUCCAUCACACCCUGCGGCAUCUGAGCAUGGAGGAUGGGCCCCCAUGGUCCUAUAUACAAAUGGUCGCUCUUCUUCAGGAAAAGUGACUUUGCUUAAAUUUAAGCCUUCUACUAACCGUUUUAAUCAAAAGCAGCUAUCCCAGAGAUGCAGAAUGGAUGCUUAUGGUUCUCACGUUUUUCACUUAAGCCAGAGGGAGAGGGAAGAAGUAUUACAACUCGCACUAAUGCUCUUUUUAAUUAAUGAUCACAUUAGGGCUGCUAACGUGUCCCAAACCAUAUUAAAAUAAGGACACGACAGGUAACUAUCACAUGAAAUUCAAUCUUCAACAUAGUAAACAAAUUAGUAUUAAAAUUUAAGAGCAAAAAAACUGUUGUGACUCCAUCAGUAAUUCCAAUGAAUUUUGGUUUUCUCCAUUGGUGAAUCUGGUGGGCGGUAGGAUAGAAUUUUCUAAAUACUUUCUUGCUGUGAUUUUGAAGGCAAAUAUGUAGAGCAUGGUUCAGUGAAAGAAGUCCUGAACCUUUUCGUUGGAGUAUUUACUUUUUGAUUCUGUUGCCAUUCGAAACAGAGCAUCUGCUGGGAGAUAAUGAGUUUAAAUUACAGUUGACUUUGGAAAGAAUAACAGACUUUGGGCAUCCUCAAACAUGUCAUCAACAGAGAAUUCUCCAGUUACCUGAACUACCCCUAUCUUUGAAGAGAAUGCCAAGAUCCAAAUGCAAAUCUGGCAUUCUAAGGCUUUUUAAGGAUUUGAGGUCAUCUAUUAAGGGCCUUGCUAGAGAUGGAUUGAGCCAAUUUUUAAAUGCAAUUUCAACUGUGACAACAAACUGAUCCUAUCUCAUUGCAUUUAACUCAGCUGUGUUGUAGGAUGCUGAAAUGUAGAAUAUUUUGUCUGCAUUCCUUUAAACACCUAUAGAUAUCUGUGUGUAUGUGAAUAUGCCUGAAUUGCUCAUCUUUUAGCUAGUUUUUCUUUGCAUACAGACCCAGGCUAUAAGACUAGCUUUAGACAACAUCUUGAAGUAGGAAUCAGUAUUGUGAAGAUUGAGGGAGGCCAACAUAAAGCAAGAUCUUCCAAAACAUAAGGUGGUUCCACCCAGCUCAUCUUGCUCUAAUGACAAACUCCUUGAGAUUAUGGACUUUCUCUGCCAUACUAACCAUCCAGCACAAUGCAGGCACUCAGUAUUUGUUGAAUGAAUGAAUAAUUGAAUAUGUAGAGACAAAUGAAUUUUGCCAUCUAAUAAUUUCAAGAAUUUCACCAGCUUAUAAUAUAUUGAUUGACAAAAUUUCAUAAUUAGGACCAGACUGACUCUUCAUAAAUACUUUUAGAUACAUGAAUUUUGGAAUCAAAUUAUGUGAAAUUUCAAAAAUCUGAAGAUCUUUAAAUAGGAAAACUGUUUGGAGCUUCAGACUUUUUGCAAUAAAUAAUAUCAAACCUCUCAAGUUCUUUAUGAAAGCUCCUUGAAUUAUUUGACAAGGGUGAUCCAAAUAUGGAAUUUCAUUUUUAAAUUUCACAAAAGACCUGUUUUAGUUUUUAAAAAGAAAAGUCAUGCCAUCAAACAUUAUUCAUAUCCCAUGUAAUGUGUACUAAUAAUGAUUCUAUAAGGAAUUCACAGUAAUUGGAGACACCUUCCCUGUAUCAUCUGUCUUCAAAAGGUUACUUCUUUCAUGGUUGAUUCCUGGAACACAGAUCAACUAAAUAACUGGCCAAACUUUCCUGUUAUUCAUUUAAUGAAUAUUUACUGUGUGCCUAGUGCGUGCUAAGUUCUGGAAACACACUGGGAAACAAGGCAGACAGAACUCCCUCAUGUAGUUUAUUGUGAAGAACUCCUCAGCUCUCACCGAAGCAACAGCUAGAGUAUACUGUCUCUUGGGUCCCUUCUACACCUGUUAGAAGAAAUGAACUCCCUCACCUCAUGAAAAUCAUGACAUACUUCCUGCACAGAUUUACGUGAGCCUUCUUUUCUAAACACACCACUCAACAGUGUUGCUUAGUUUCUCCAUAAACUACAGUUAUAACCCAGUGAGGUAGAGAAGCUGUUAUAAUAUUUAUCCAGCUCUUACUAUGUGCUAGCUGCCGUGCUCAGAGCUUUCGUGGCCCAUCUCAUUGAAUUCUUUCAGGAACUCUUCAGUAGGUUCCAUUCGAUGCAUACGAAAACUGAAGCACAGAUAUGUUUUGUGUCUUAUCCAAAGUCACACAACUAGCCAGUGGAACUGGGAUUUGAAUUCACGUGUUUUGAUGCAAGAGCUCAUGCGCCUAACUACGAUCUGUGGUUUUGAGGACACCACUACAUUAAAUGAGUUGUCACUGUAUAUGGAAGUACUUUGAAAUCAAUCAUAACAUAGUACACAAAAGAUAUUAGUAAAGUAUCACUCAUCAUCAAAAAUCACAUUAGUGGCAAAAACAGGGUGAGAACUGAAUGUUAUGGCUUAUGCUCAUGGAAAAAUACUUCAAGACAGGGACGUGGUUAAAAAUACAGAUCGAGAAAGUUUCUGACAUCUGAUAAACAUUUCAAUGACUUUUCAGAAUUAUGUGUUGCUAGCCACUGUGUCUAUUUGGUGCUAUAAAAACUGAAAGAAACAUCCCUCUGUAAGGGCUUAUAAUACAUACACAGUGUGGAGGUGAACUAAGGAUUUCUCACGUCCAUGGAGAAGGAUUGGGGCAGUAGUGCCAUUUUCUUACCAUUGCAUGUGCAUCCUGUCCUUCCAAUUGUUUUCGUUCUUUUUCUGAAAGAGCUGCAAAAUUGUGCAGUGGUUCAACCUGACCAAAGUGGUAUUAUGCUGCUGGGAAGUAAAAGU